CUCGCUCACCGCCCUCUUUAUCCUGAGUCCUGACACCCACCUUCUCCGUUUGCCUCCGGUACGACCUCGAUCGAUCGGGAGCGCUGAGCGCUGCUCCAACUGUUUGCUUCAUCGCUACAUCUACGGGGUUUCCUUUUUUGAGAUUUGGGUCUUCUUCCCUUGUUCUGGGACGUCGGAUUGGGUGGGAUUAAGACUGGGGUUUAGGGAUUUUAGUGCCGCCUAUGGGCGCGGGUGCAUCCGUCGUUAUGAAUCCGGAGGGGGAGCUCGAGACAGGCCUGGGGGACCUCCCGGAGAGCUGCGUGGCGGCGGUGCUGCUCCACCUCCACCCGCCGGAGAUCUGCGGCGCUGCGCGGCUGAGCCGGACGUUCCGAGCCGCCGCGUCGGCGGACUUUGUGUGGGAAGCGAAGCUCCCGGAGAACUAUGCGUAUCUUUUGGAGAUGGCUCGCGGUGAGAAUUCCAGCUGCAAAAAGGAUCGCCUUUGCUUGAAGGAGGUGUAUUCUCGGCUGUGCCGGCCGAAUCCCAUUGACGGGGGCAACAAGAUAUUCUGGCUGGAGAAGAACCAGGGUGGGAUUUGCAUGUCGAUUUCGUCAAAAGGGCUACUGAUUACAGGGAUUGAUGAUCGGAGGUACUGGAAUUACGUCCCCACUAAUGAGUCCAGAAAUCUAGCAUUCUCACAUACUGUAGAGAUGGUUAGUAGGACCUUGGCUAUGCUCCGUUCUUGAAGUGCAGCGUGUGUUACAUCACAGCACUCAUUCGAUGAAGUAGCUUAUCUUCAACAAACUUGGUGGUUUGAGGUUGACGGUGAAGUUGAUUUCCAUUUCCCUGCGGGCACUUACAGCCUAUAUUUCAGGCUCCAUCUUGGCCGACCUGCUAGGAGAUUUGGCUGCCGAAUCUGCAGCUUCGAGCAUGUUCACGGAUGGGACAUAAAACCGGUGCAGUUUCAGCUGUCGACUUCUGAUGGUCAGAAUGCUACUUCUCAUUGUUAUUUAGACGAACCCGGGAGAUGGAUUCUGUGCCAUGCAGGAGAUUUUGUUACUGAAAACUCCAACGUAGCUACCAAGCUCAAAUUUUCAAUGACACAAAUAGAUUGCACGCACACAAAAGGCGGAAUCUGUGUCGAUUCUGUGUUGAUCUAUCCCAAAGGUUUUGUGCAGGGUAAGAUCUUUAACUCAUGACAGCAUGGAGUCAUUGCAAUACACACAGUGAACGACAGGAAACUAGCACCCUUCCCCCUAGGCCGCGAGCAAUGUAGAUAUGGGAUCUGUAUCAUUUUGAAUCAAAAGACAGAGUUGUGAGGUUUUGAUGAAGUUACAAGGAUUGUUAUUAACUUAGAUCACUAGGGAGAACAAUGGGAAGGUUCAGCUCAGUGACAACAGAACAGGAAGUGCAAUUUUUUUUACUGUAAUCCAGUUCUGAAAAUUCUGUUUCAAGCUUA